AGUGUUCAAUUAUUAUUAAAUGAAAAGGGUAGUUUUGGCAUUUUCAUAAAUUCAUAAAUUCUUAAUUUCAGUUUUGUUUUAUUUUAUUUUUUUCCUUCCUCUCCAACCGCCUCCUUCUUUCACGUUCACAGAGAGAGAGAGGAUAGAGAUGCGCGAUGUCAACGGCGACGGUGAGAGAAGGGCCGACGGCGACGAUGGAGAGAGAAAGAAGAUCUCGACGGCGUUGAUGGAGAGGGGAAAAGGCGUCGCGACGGAGGCGGUAGCAUUGGAGAGAGAGAAAGUUGAUCUAGAGAGAGGCGAUGGCGGAGAGAGAGAGAGGCGAUGGCGGAGAGAGAGAGGCAGUGGCGGAGUGAGCUUCGACGACGAUGGAGGAGAGAGAAGCGGCGCGGUGAUGGAGAGAGAGAGGUAACGACGGCUGUAGAGAGAGUCGGCGGCGGCAGCGGCGGUGGCGGUGGAGAAACAUCGUAUACGUCGUCUGAAGGAAGAACAGUGAUUUGUAUAGUUUGUAUGUUUUGUAACAUUAGUUUGUAUUGUUAGUAUUUUUGUACAAAAUGCCAGUACGAUUUGUAUAGUUUGUAUGUUUUAUAAUAUUAAUUUGUAUACUUUAUAUGUAUUGAUUUGUGCUGCAAAUCACGUCGCUUUGUAUUGUAAGUACUAAUAAUUUGUAUACUUUAUA